AUGUCUUCUCGCGCUUCUGCCAAAUCACCCACUCCAGGAUCCUCAUCCUCUUCGCGCAACCAGCCUCAGAGCCUCGCGCAGGAGCCCGCCAACACUGAGGACUUCGACAUGCCGGACCUCAAGUACGACUCCGAUGGAGAAGAAGCCGAGACAAAAGACAUGCAGAAAAUCGUCAACGAAAACCGACAAGCAAUAGAAAACCUCAACAAGCAACUCCAGCACGCUAGACAGGCCUACAAGAAGCUGGAAGAAGACAUCAAGGGGGACGCCAACCUCCGGAAGAUCCAGGAACUCCAGGGGGAAAUCACCACCCUCCGGGCCGCCGCCAACAUCGUCACCACGCCCGUCCACGGAGGACGACAAAAGCUCAAGCUCAGUACGCCUGUCACCUACGACGGAACCCCCGGGACCCUUAAAGGAUUCCUGAUUCAGGUCAAAAACUACCAGAACUUUCACCACGGAGAUUUCACCAACGAGACCGAAAAAGCAGUACACGCAGCUACCUACCUCCGAGGAAAGGCCCUCAAGUGGUUUGAACCAAUCCAGGAAGAGUACCUAAAAUGCGAGACCCUCGACGAGUGCACUACCGAGACCCGCGACAUCUACGCCAAUUUUAAAGGAUUCGAGGACGCGCUCAGGUCACUCUUCCAAGACCCCGACGAAAAGCGACAAGCCGAACGAGAUCUAGCACAACUUAAGCAGACUAAGUCCGCCAAAGACUACUCCGCCAAUUUCCGACAACUUAGCGUUUAA